AAUUAACAAUCCAUGUAAACUUCAAAUUAGUUUCUCUUGUUUUAUUGAUAAGCAAUGAUUGAUUCAUCAGCACGCGUCUGCCCAUCAGAGAUACUCGAAUCACGUUGAUAGUGUUUAUAUAAAUUAUUAUCACUAUUUAUUUCAUAUUGAUUUUUUUUAUUGCUCUAGCGUUAUUAACAAUCUGUGAAGUGUUCCUUUUCUUAUGGUACACAUAAUGUGGAGAAACUAACCUUUUUAAAUAAAGAAAUAAUGAUACAUAGAAGUUUCCUGUUACAAUGGAUUCUGGUGGUGAUAUUUACGAUCACUAUUAUUUACUUAAAGUUGAAAUUAAAUUUGCUGGAGGAUCACUACAAAUUAUUGCGUACGCGUGAUUAUAGAGAAUACAAUGCCAUCACACAAGAUCAAAACAGUAUUCAAACUGGAGUUGACAGCAGCCAGCGAUCUUACAAAUCGUUGUCUUUCGAUGAUGUUGUUAUCAUCUACAACAGGGUACCAAAAACAGCAUCAACCAGUUUUGUAGGUUUGGUCUAUGAUCUGUGCAAACAAAACAAAUAUCAUGUUUUACACAUUAAUGUUACCAACAAUAUGCACACUCUCACUCUUCCCAAUCAGAUUCAAUUUGCAAAUAAUAUAAGUGAAUGGACUGCAAAAAAGCCAGCAUUUUAUCAUGGACAUGUGGCAUUUUUAAAUUUUGAAAAGUUUGGCGCGAAGCAAAUGCCUUUGUAUAUAAAUCUCCUGAGAAAACCUUUAGAUAGGUUUGUUUCUUAUUAUUAUUUUUUAAGAUAUGGAGACAAUUUUAGACCACAUUUAAUCAGGAAAAAACAUGGGGAUACAAAGACAUUCGAUGAUUGUAUAGAUGCUGGCCAGCCAGAUUGUGAUCCAAAUAACAUGUGGUUACAAAUACCUUUUUUAUGUGGUCAUGACCCUGCAUGUUGGGAAAUUGGAAAUAGUUGGGCACUGGAAGAAGCAAAGAGAAAUUUACAGAAACAUUAUCUCCUUGUGGGAGUCACAGAGGAAUUAACGGAAUUUAUUGAAAUUUUACAGAUUGUGCUUCCACGUUUUUUCAAAGGAGCCUACAAUUCUUUUUUACACAAUAACAAAUCACACUUGCGUCAGACUACACAGAAAAUCAAUCCACGACCGGAGACGGUAGAUAAGAUACAGAAAUCUGUUGUCUGGAAAAUGGAGAAUGAAUUGUACAAUUUCGCUCUGACGCAUUUCCAUGCCGUGAAGAAACGUUUGAUAAAUGCCUCUCCGCAAGACGCGAAUCAACGAUUUAUGUACGAAAAAAUACGACCAAAAUAAAUUUAGUUUCUUAAAUCAA